AUCAUCAUCAUCAGAAGAAGAAGAAGAAGAAGAAGAAGAAGAAGAAGAAGAAGAAGAAGAAAAAACAACAAACAAAAGAAAAACAACAACAGCAUUCAUGGUAGAAGUGCUAAACUUUUCUGUGGGAAAAAUGGACAGUGAUCAGCAGUUUAAAGUUCAUGUAUCCAUCCAGAAGGGAUUUUCCUUUCCUCCUCUGCAAAAAUGCAACAGUUGCUGCUUUCCAAGCAAAUUUCAUUGUCCAUUUUGUUUACCAUCUUUUUUCAAACCCUCAAAACGCUCCAGAGCUAGGCUUCAUUUGGACAAUCAUCUAAGGAGAGCCAUUUACUUUGGAGAGUACACAAUCCACAGAUGUGGACUGGGGUGCAGAAAACAGCAGCAUUACCACUGUUUGUACUGCACAGCCACACUGUUAAGGAAACGAGAUUUCACCAAUCAUUUACCAGUCUGCCGCCAGGCCCAACAGCAGAGAGCCCAAAAAUUAUCCCUACUACACACAGCCGUGACAAAGAGAAGAGUCCAAGCCAAAGAAUUGAUUGCUGCAUCGCCGACCCCUGGAGAGAGUGACAUGGAGAGCGACAAUGACAGUGACAACAUAACCAUCAUCCCGGAUUCAGACGACCAAAACAGCCAAGGAGCGAGCAGCAGCCAGUCAGUGACUCCCAUUAUCCCCAAGUCAAAUGAGUGUGACACUGUGGGGAAGAUGAAGAGGAGUACUGAGCCAGGCUCUUCUAAAUGUCACCGAACUGUACAGACAAACUUUGAAAAACCCCAAGACUGCGAUGAAUACUACUUCAUGAGCCUCGUGAAAAUGUUUAAAAAGUUGUCCCCUCAGAAAAAGGCAGAUGUCAGGAUGAAAAUCGAGAGACUCCUAUUUGAAGCUGAGUUUGAGUAGGAAAAAAUUCACACAAACACACACACACACACACACACACACACGUAAACAAAAUGUGCUUUUUGUUUACUGUUUAUUACAUGUUUUAUUGAAUGAAUUAUAGGAAACAGAGUUUCAGUAUCUUGGCUUUAUUCGGAAGUCUUUGUCUUGUUUUUUUUGUGGAUAAACCCUGGAAUAUUUUCCUGACAAUAUCUUUGUCGUAUAGCCUAUUUUAACCUCUACUGCAUCUUCAGUGGAGGUGAAAAACUGGAUUGUUCACAAACUCAGGUGAAGCAUCGUUACUACUCACUCAGCUGAUGAGCACCAAUGCCUUCUGGGCCAAGCAGCGAUUUGCAACAUGACAUAAAAUCUUAAUUUUAUGUUAAUUUAAAAAUAUUUCAUUUAUCAAAAAAAUAUCUUACUACUGGACAUUAGCAUGCAAAGUCCCAGUAGGACCCAAAUUUAUCUGCAAUUUGUCAGCAACAAUCAUUUGUGGAACGCGAUGCUGCCACCAUUUGAGAUUCGCCUGUAAACAGUGCUCACAAAUCGCCUUUGUGAAAAGGGCCCCUGGUUUGUUUAAAUUCUAUAAAUGUCAAAAGUUUCUUAAAGUGUAACUUACUGACUGAGCAACAAGAAACAACAGGAUGAGAAGUUUGGACUGGACUCAAGAAUAACAGUCUACUCUGGAUGAAUAUUCUUCCAUCCAGCAUGCUGCUAACAGCCGCUUUUCUUCUAAUCAGUUUACCUACAACCACAGAAUGAGUUCGGUAUUUCCUUUUAUGGAGCACUAAUGUGUACAAAAACGCCAUCAUGUUGUAGAGUAGUUAUAAACAAAAGAGUUAUAAAUGAAAAUGCUGUGUAUAAAUGGAAAUAGUUGCUCAACACAAAUUGACACAAUAUGUUAAGACCUGUACUUUUGACACAGUAAGACAGAGAGAUGUACUGUGUGGUUAAUAAAGAAUAACCAACGAUCAAUGCAGUGAAGACUGUUCAGCCUACCUCAGACAGAUGCACAGCGGGAGAAAUGGUCUCACGGCUGGACAUUACUAAUACUUGAGCCAGUGCUUCUCAAAUAGACAAAACAAAUCAAGCUGUUGUUUGUCAAACCUGAAAUAUAUUACGAAUUGUUUUUUAUUCAAAUAAAGCUCCUGCAUUGACUGCCCUUCA